GGAAAGCGAACGUGGCAGCCUGAGGUCAAGGAGGAGGCUCCCGGCUCGCCAUUUUCGAGCCUGGAGCCGGCGGCAAGUCCACCGGGCGCCGCGGAAAGAGCACCGGGAUCCUACCAGUAGCCGCCAUUACCGCCGAGCCCUGAGGUCUGUGUUAUUGUGGAGAAAAUGAUGGAAGAGAGUGGCAUAGAGACGACUCCCCCCGGAACCCCUCCACCAAGCACCACCACCUCAUUAGCUGCAGCCAGUGCGAUUGCGCCCCCAAAGACCCCGGCGGUCUCCACAUUUCCUCCCCAGACCUUUGCCUCGCCUUUGCCGCCCGCGGUUUCCACUCUUCCUUCCACGGGCCCUCUCCCUCCUCCUCCUUUGCCCUUUGUGCCCUCGGUGUCUGUUUCGGCGGGGCCAUUCGCCGCUGUUCCCCCCAUUACUUCCUCUUUCAGCAGCCCCGUGCCCCCGUUCCCAUCCUCUCCCCCCUUAAGCUCCACUCCGGGCCCGGUCCUGUCUGCCCCACCGAGCGGCCCCCCCAUCUCCGGCUUUUCUAUCAGCUCAACUUAUGACAUCACAAAAGGACACGCGGGGCGAGCGCCACAGACGCCGCUGAUGCCCUCAUUUUCGGCCCCUUCUGUCACAGGUGUCUUAACAAGCCCUGUGUCACAGCAGGUGUCAAUGCCUUCAUCCUUGGUUCCCGGUCCUGGGGGAGCCUCUUCCAUUACUUUCCCAGAGCAACAUGAAGACCCCCGGGUGGUGGAUUUGCAGGGUGAAGCUUCGGCCGGAGGCGGACUUUGGGGCUUCAUUAAAGGAGUGGCCGGAAACCCGAUGGUGAAGUCGGUGCUUGAUAAGACCAAGCACUCGGUGGAAACCAUGAUCACGACAUUGGACCCCGGCAUGGCUCCGUAUAUCAGAUCUGGGGGGGAACUGGACAUCGUAGUUACCUCAGUCAAAGAGGUCAAGGUUGCGGCGGUGAGAGACGCUUUCCAGGAGGUUUUCGGGAUGGCCACCGUCACCGGAGAAGCCGGACAGUCCAAUAUCGCCCCGCAACCCGUGGGCUACGCAGCCGGUUUGAAAGGAGCCCAAGAAAGGAUCGACAGCUUGCGGCGGUCAGGGAUUAUACACGAGAAGCAGCCCACUGUGUCUGUGGAGAAUUUUAUUGCAGAACUGCUACCAGACAAGUGGUUUGACAUUGGCUGCAUCAUUGUGGAGGAUCCGAUUCAUGGCAUUCACCUGGAAACCUUCACCCAAGCGACGCCAGUACCUCUCGAAUAUGUCCAACAGGCCCAGAGCCUGACUCCUCAGGACUACAAUCUCCGAUGGUCGGGCCUCUUGGUGACGGUGGGCGAAGUGAUCGCCAAGGCCUUGCCACACGUCGACAGGACCGAUUGGCACGCGGCAUUCACCGGGAUGUCCCGCCGCCAGAUGAUCUUCAGCGCCGCCAAAGCCCUUGCGGGGAUGUACAGGCAGCGCUUGCCCCCCAGGACCCCUUGAAAGCGGGCUGUUUCUCUGCCCCUUCAACAAAGAAGACUCAUUCCUUACAGACCUAGAGCGGUUCACCUGUUUCUCCUGGCGGUUGGAUCUUGGCUUUAUAAUCUACAUAUAAACCCUUCAUUUGAUUUUUUGAAAGUAUCCUUUGGAGGAUGAAAACGAUCAACAGCUUCCAAAACUACAAAUGUAUUUCGACACAGUCAGGUAGUGUUAAAAUAUGUUGGAUAGGAUGCGUUUUCUCCCCAUUUUACCAAUCCUUGGUAUAAUAAGAUUUAUUUUGUUCCAUAAAAUUGUAUCCGUGAACAAUCAUUGCUGGUACAAUCUUUUGCCCAUGAAUAAGUUUGUAUGAUGGUGAGACUUAAACUAACGCAGGUAAUAAUAAUAAUAAUAAUAAUAAUGAUUUAUCAUUAUUAUUAUUAUUAUUAUUAUUAUUAUUAUAUUUCUUACAUGGUAAGACUUAUGCUAACACAGGUAAUAAUAAUAAUAAUAAUAAUAAUAAUAAUAAUAAUAAUAAUUUAUUAUUUUAUUUCCUACAUUGGUGAGACUUAAGCUAACACAGGUAAUAAUAAUAAUAAUAAUUUUUAUUAUUAUUUUAUUUCUUACAUGGUGAGACUUAAGCUAACACAGGUAAUAAUAAUAAUAAUCAUUAUUAUUAUUUUAUUUCUUACAUGGUGAGACUUAAGCUAACACAGGUAAUAAUAAUAAUAAUAAUGUUUAUUAUUAUUUUAUUUCCUACAUGGUGAGACUUAAGCUAACACAGGUAAUAAUAAUAAUAAUAAUAAUUUUUAUUAUUAUUUUAUUUCUUACAUGGUGAGACUUAAGCUAACACAGGUAAUAAUAAUAAUAAUUAUUAUUAUUAUUUUAUAUCUUACAUGGUGAGACUUAAGCUAACACAGGUAAUAAUAAUAAUAAUAAUGAUUUAUUAUUAUUAUUUUCUUACAUGGUGAGACUUAAGCUAACACAGGUAAUAAUAAUAAUAAUAAUAAUGAUUUAUUAUUAUUAUUUUAUUUCUUACAUGGUGAGACUUAAGCUAACAUAAGUAAUAUUAAUAAUAAUGAUUUAUUAUUAUUUUAUUUCUUACAUGGUGAGACUUAAUCUAACAAAGGUAAUCAUCAUCAUCAUCAUCAUUUAUUAUUAUUAUUAUUUUUUUCUUACAUGGUGAGACUUAAGCUCAGCCCUGUCUCCGGCACUUGGGAAGAGGCCCCGCCCCUCCCCUGGCCCCGCCCCCAAUGCACCUGUGGCCAUCACCGCCCCCCUGGAUCACUGUAGCGCCCACCAGGGGGCGGUAGUGCCCACUUUAGGAAUCACUGGUCUAGAUCGUUUGUAGGUUGUGUUUCUUCAUCAGCUUUCCUAUGCGGUCAGUGGUUCCCUCGAUGUAUGGUAUCCCAACAGACCUCCCAACCUCUGAAGGCGCCUGCCACAGAUGUGGGCGAAACGCCAGGAGAGAAUGCUUCCGGAACAUGGCCAGACAGAAAGUUUUAAAAAGAAAACCUGCCUUAAUAAAUGCAAGCUUUUCGGUUUAUAUCAGGCCUGGGCCAACUUGGGUCCUCCCUCCAGGCGUUUUGGACUCCAACUCCCACCAUUCCUAACAGCUUCAGGCCCUUUCCUUUUCCCUCUCAGCCUCUUAAGCCCGAGGCUGUUAGGAAUGGUGGGAGGGAGGACCCAAAUUCGCCCAUGCCUGGUUUCUAUGCUAUUCAAUUCUAUCUUUGUUAUCUUUUUAAAAAGACACUUUUAUAUCGAAUCUUUGGUCUAGUAGCCAGUUUAUUAUUAUUUUCUAUCCAGCGGGGAGAGAAAAAAAUCUGUAAUUCUAAUAAUAUAUUUUGCCCUUCUUGUAUAAAAAUAGAUCUAUUGCUCCUUUUGGGCUUGUAACUCUUUCCCCCCCCCCUUUCCCCUUUCUGUCUUUGAAGUGUUUUCUUAAAUAAAUAGCUGCUUUGUUGUA